CCCCGCGGGCCCCGCGCCUGCGCCGUUUCCCUACUGGGCCCCCAGCCCGUCCGCGCCUGCGCUGUCCCUUUCUUGAGCUCUGGGACCGACCCACUUCUUGCCCAGUGGACCUACGGGACCGUGGGGUGUUUCGGCGGGUGUUGGGCUCUAGGUGGUUCUGGGUCAUUUGCCUCCGCGCCGAGAAAGAGGCUGUGUGUGCUACCGUCGCACUUCGCUUUCCUUGCGCCCUCGUAUAGGCUGGGGCCACCGCCCCGUAGCCCUGGUCCCUUGCCUGGGUUUAGGACUGCAUUCCUCCGGAGUCCCGAAAGCUCAGCGCGGGGGAGGAAGGACUGCGAGCCGGGAGUCCCGGGGGUGUGGCGGGCGCUGUGGAGGGGUCGCGCCCGGCUUGCUUGACGAAAUUUUGGAAGCAGGCGAAAUCUCUUUAUUGUUGAUAUCUGGUUGAUUAUAUCAGAUUGGCUAUGAAUAAUCCAGUGUGUUUCCAACAACUUGGUGACUGUCUAGUUUAAGUGGUUAAGCUAUCAUGGUUCAUUCUUGGAUAAACUGAUCUGGAGAUGACUAGGAAAGAAAUCAACUUCCAGAGUUUGGCAUGCCGUUCCACCUAGCAUUGAACUCAGUGCAUAGUCCUGACUGGCCUUGAACUUGGAGUGAUCCUCCUGCAUCAGCCUUUCAAAUGCUGGGAUUACAGAUUUGAUUGUAAAUGCAUCAUAAAGAGGCAGCCCAGAAUGAAGAAAGCAAGCAGGAGUGUUGGCUCAGUGCCUAAGGUGUCUGGGACAAGUAAAACACAGACAGAAAAAAUUAAGCCUGAAAACAGCUCUUCAGCCUCUACAGGAGGAAAACUUGUAAAACCUGGAACCGCAGCGUUAUUGUCAAAGACCAAGAGCAGUGAUGAUCUUUUAGCUGGAAUGGCUGGAGGGGUAACAGUGACUAAUGGUGUUAAAGGGAAGAAAAGUAUCUGCCCAUCUGCAGCAUCUUCAGCAUCAGCCCCUGCCAUGACCACUGUGGAGAACAAACCCAAGAUCAACACAGGCACAAGUUCGUCAACUAAGCGGAGCACUUCUGCAGGUAAUAAAGAAUCCAGUUCUACUAGAGAAAGAUUACGUGAACGUACUCGAAUAAACCAGAGCAAAAAACUACCUUCUGCAGGUCAGGGAGCUAAUGACGUGGCAUUGGCUAAACGUUCCCGCAGUCGCACUGCUAUGGAAUGUGACGUUCGUAUGAGCAAGUCUAAAUCGGACAAUCAGAUCAGUGACAAAGCUGCUUUAGAAGCUAAAGUGAAAGAUCUUCUCACACUGGCAAAAACCAAAGAUGUGGAAAUUUUACAUUUGAGAAAUGAACUCCGAGACAUGCGUGCUCAGCUAGGCAUUAAUGAAGAUCACUCUGAGGGUGAUGAAAAGUCUGAGGAAAAGGAAACCAUUAUUGUUCACCAGCCAACUGAUGUCGAGUCCACUUUAUUACAGUUGCAAGAACAGAAUACUGCCAUCCGUGAAGAACUCAACCAGUUGAAAAAUGAAAACAGAAUGUUAAAGGACAGGUUGAAUGCACUGGGCUUUUCCCUAGAGCAAAGGUUAGACAAUUCUGAAAAACUGUUUGGCUAUCAAUCCCUCAGCCCAGAAAUUACCCCUGGUAACCAGAGUGAUGGGGGAGGAACUCUGACUUCUUCAGUGGAAGGCUCUGCACCCGGGUCAGUAGAGGAUCUCUUGAGUCAGGAUGAAAAUACACUCAUGGACCAUCAGCACAGUAACUCUCUGGACAACCUAGACAGCGAGUGCAGUGAGGUUUAUCAGCCCCUUACCUCAAGCGAUGAUGCCCUUGAUGCACCAUCAUCUUCAGAGUCAGAGGGCCUUCCAAGCAUAGAGCGCUCUCGUAAAGGGAGCAGUGGGAAUGCAAGUGAAGUGUCUGUUGCUUGCUUAACAGAACGAAUACAUCAGAUGGAAGAGAACCAGCACAGUACGAGUGAGGAACUUCAGGCAACUCUGCAGGAACUAGCUGAUUUGCAGCAGAUUACCCAAGAGUUGAAUAGUGAAAAUGAAAGGCUUGGGGAGGAGAAAGUCAUCCUUAUGGAGUCCUUGUGUCAACAAAGUGAUAAAUUGGAACACUUUAGUCGACAGAUUGAGUAUUUCCGUUCUCUUCUAGAUGAGCAUCAUAUUUCUUACGUUAUAGAUGAAGAUGUAAAAAGUGGACGCUACAUGGAAUUAGAGCAACGUUACAUGGACUUAGCAGAGAAUGCCCGUUUUGAGCGAGAGCAGCUUCUUGGUGUCCAGCAGCAUUUAAGCAAUACUUUGAAAAUGGCAGAACAAGACAAUAAGGAAGCUCAGGAAAUGAUAGGUGCUCUUAAAGAACGCAGUCACCACAUGGAGCGAAUUAUUGAGUCUGAGCAAAAGGGUAAAGCAGCCCUGGCAGCCACCUUAGAGGAGUACAAAGCCACAGUGUCCAGUGACCAGAUAGAGAUGAAUCGCCUAAAGGCCCAGCUGGAGAAUGAAAAGCAGAAAGUGGCUGAACUAUAUUCUAUCCAUAACUCUGGAGACAAAUCUGAUAUUCAGGAUCUCUUGGAGAGUGUUAGACUGGACAAAGAAAAGGCAGAGACUUUGGCUAGUAGCCUGCAGGAAGAUCUGGCUCACACCCGAAAUGAUGCCAAUCGAUUGCAGGACACCAUUGCCAAGGUGGAGGAUGAAUACCGAGCUUUCCAAGAGGAAGCUAAGAAACAAAUUGAAGAUUUGAAUUUGACGUUAGAAAAACUAAGAUCAGAACUGGAGGAAAAAGAGACAGAAAGGAGUGAUAUGAAAGAAACUAUCUUUGAACUUGAAGAUGAAGUAGAACAACACAGAGCUGUGAAACUUCAUGACAACCUCAUUAUUUCUGAUUUGGAGAAUACAGUUAAAAAACUCCAGGACCAAAAACAUGACAUGGAAAGAGAAAUUAAGACACUUCACAGGAGACUUCGGGAGGAAUCUGCAGAAUGGCGGCAGUUUCAAGCUGAUCUACAGACUGCAGUAGUCAUUGCAAAUGACAUUAAAUCCGAAGCCCAAGAGGAGAUUGGCGAUCUAAAGCGCCGGUUACAUGAGGCUCAGGAAAAAAAUGAGAAACUCACGAAAGAAGUAGAGGAAAUAAAAUCACGCAAGCAAGAAGAGGAGCGAGGUCGAGUAUACAACUACAUGAAUGCUGUUGAGCGAGAUUUGGCAGCCUUAAGGCAAGGGAUGGGACUAAGCAGAAGAUCCUCAACUUCCUCAGAGCCAACCCCUACUGUAAAAACCCUCAUCAAGUCCUUUGACAGUGCAUCUCAAGUACCAAACCCUGCUGCAGCUACAAUUCCUCGAACACCUCUGAGUCCAAGUCCCAUGAAAACCCCUCCUGCGGCGGCUGUAAGUCCCAUGCAGAGACAUUCCAUAAGUGGACCAAUCUCAACGUCCAAGCCCCUCACAACCUUGUCAGAUAAGAGACCAAACUAUGGGGAAAUCCCUGUUCAAGAGCAUCUGUUAAGAACAUCGUCAACUAGCCGACCUGCUUCUCUACCAAGAGUACCCGCUAUGGAAAGUGCCAAGAGCAUCUCAGUGACUCGACGAAGUAGUGAAGAAAUGAAGCGGGACAUCUCUGCACCUGAAGGAGCGUCGCCAGCCUCUCUUAUGGCUAUGGGAACUACAUCGCCACAGCUGUCCCUGUCGUCCUCUCCCACAGCGUCUGUGACCCCAACUACCCGAAGCCGGAUAAGAGAAGAAAGGAAAGAUCCUCUCUCAGCAUUGGCAAGAGAAUAUGGAGGCUCGAAGAGGAAUGCCUUGUUGAAGUGGUGCCAGAAAAAAACAGAAGGCUAUCAGAAUAUUGACAUCACAAACUUCAGCAGCAGCUGGAACGAUGGACUGGCCUUCUGUGCACUCCUGCAUACAUAUCUUCCAGCACACAUUCCAUAUCAAGAACUGAAUAGCCAAGAUAAGAAAAGGAACUUCACACUGGCCUUCCAGGCAGCUGAAAGUGUCGGCAUCAAAUCCACACUGGACAUUAAUGAGAUGGUACGCACCGAACGGCCAGAUUGGCAAAAUGUGAUGCUGUACGUGACAGCAAUCUACAAGUACUUUGAAACUUGAGUACACCAGGAGGAGCUGCCGCUGACUGGGGACCUCGGCAGUAACCAAGCAACACCAACACCCUUAGCUCUGCACCCCUAAAGCUUUCGUCAACUCUGGGCUGUCAUGCAGCGUGUGAGCCUCAGCCUGGGACCUCUGCAUUAGAAGAAUUCAGGCCUGUGGCCUGUGGCAUACACCAGAGCUCCUCCACAUGGCCUGUCCACCUAGUGCAUGUGGGCAUAGCACACAGCAUGCAGGCAGGCUUCCUUCUGAAGACAGAUCGAACUCCACUAGUGCCUAGGAUGUAAAAACAAAAGGCUCAUACCCAGCUAAACUUGGGGAGGAUUCAGUUAUAGGAGAUUCUUAGAGGUUGGUAAAACUUCAGCUACAGCACUUCUUGACUGUCACCCACGAGUCCCUUGCUGGUGAGAACCAGGGGAAGUAGGUGCUUGGCAAGUGGCCUGCUCCCUGGUGCUGGAGCAGAACCAGCCCUGCCCUUUUACAUGGGUCUGUUUUCCAGGAAUGUAUCACCACUGAAUUGGGAACGCCAUCUCUUAUGGGUGACAGAGCUGCUCUGGCCAGCACUACGUAGGAGUUUUCAACUAGAGUUAAGAAAGUAGGUAGAAGCACAGUGCAGGUGGUCCUGUCUCACAGCCUGCAGCUGGCUAAGUCCACACUACUACUGCUGGGCUCCUGUUGUCAGGGAGCAGGCAAGAUCCUUGGCUAGUACUCGGCCACUUGCCUACAGCCCCAGCCCUAGCAUCAGGCUUCUGAGAAGAGGACUGAUCAAAAGGAGUUUCAGUUAAAAUUUUUUUAUUUUUUAUGAGCAAUAUUUUGUGGGAAGUAGCUCCUAUUCUGUUAGUACCAAAGUUAAAUUGUUUCCAUCUGGGCGUGGUAGCACAUAUCUGUGAUCCCAGAACUCGGGAGGCUGAGGUAGGAAGAUUGCCAUGAGGUGGAGGCCAGCCUGGAUUAUAUAGUGAGACCAGUGUUUAAAAACAAAAACAAAAGAACAACAAAAAGCCCCACAAAAUUAAACUGUUUCAGUGAGCAUAGAAAUAAAAUACAAAUCUGAAUAUAAUACAGCAACAGCAGGGAGCAAAGUAGCAAGUAGCUGAGAAAAAGGACUUGCUUAGUGAAGCCACAGUGUGUGAUUUAAAGCCCCUGCAAAGUCGCUGAGAUGUACUUCUUUUGGGCAGGAAUGUAAGAAAGUGCCUUACCUCCCCUUGCCAGGGCAGCCUGGGCCGCCUCACCUGGGCAGGUGUCAACAGGGAUUCAGAGCCUGGCCCACCCUCCCCAGGAGCUGGAUCUGGGCUGUCUGAGCCAAAGCCUUACUCAGAGGUGGUCUGCUGAUGGCUUUCAAGCUGGGACUCAAAGCCCUAUUUGGGAGCAGGCAGCCUACAUCUCGUGUGUGCGUAACACAGUAGUUGUUGGUUUGAACAGUGUCAAAACCUGUGCCUUCCAGAUGAUAACUGGUUGGCACCUAAAAGGCACCGGGAGGAAGACUGGCCACCAAUGGAAGCCCAUUUGCAGCCCCACUGACCAGAUGCAAGGAGCAGGCUCCCAAGAGGCCUACUCAGUCCAAUUAUGGGCUAAGGGUCAGCAUUCAAGCAUGAUGAUCUGUAUUAGAAGUCUGACAUGUGUGGAGCCUAGAAAAGAAAGUGGCUGUUAGGAAUUGGGCUCUACGUGUCUGUGGCCUGCAGUGUGCCAUCACCAGGUAGCUGGGGCUGCCCAUCCGCCCUACCUGAAUGUCCUCACCUGGUAGCACAGGCUGCUGCCCCUGUCUAAGACCUUUGGUGUGAAAUGCCGAUUUUCAUCUAAAAGAGAAACCAAGUGGUCAGUGUCAACCUCAGAGCACACCAGAAGACACCCCAGAUGCCAGCUUCCACAGAUACCCAGCCUGGUCCUCCCUGGCCAUGUUCUGUUCUUGCUCCUGUUGCUCUGCUGACAGCUGUCAGCAUGAGUGACUACUUGUGUGCAAAUCGUCUUCUCCAGUGUUUCUCCACUUAAUUUCCAAGUCCUGCCCUACUCUCAUUCACCUUCUAGAAGACCUGUCUACUGUCUGCAUCCAGAGUGUCUGUUCAUGUUUUUGAUUAUUUAUUAUGUCAUGAGGGGCCUGUUAGAUGACUAAGAAGACUUUUUGGGAGCCUGCAAUCAACAGUUUCAUCCCUUGCUGUCCACACGAGACCAGCUGUAGCAGCUCAUGCUGGGAUGAGGAAUUCAGAAUCUUCUGAGGGCGGUGGUCACUGAUAGUUUGCAUCACUUGGAUGGAAAGUCUCGUCUGGACACUGAGGGCCCAGCAUCAAGCUUGGGAGUGGCGGCAGAUACAUUGGUGGGCUUGGGAAGGGUCGUCCUGGCUCCCACCUGUCUGGAGGCUUGACUCAGGUCCCCCAUCUCCAGUGAGGGUCAGACUGUCCAGGUUUGCACAAGGGUCUGCUGGUGUCAGGACUCCAGAGCAUUACUUUUUGCCUUUUCUAAUAGGACCCUUACAGCACUGUCAGCUGUAAGGGUACAACUGUAAUGGUCUUGUGUGUUUAAGUGGGUACCUGCCUUGUAGCCUCCAGGAAGUCAUUUUGCCCCUUUAAGCACAAGCUUUACUGCAGAAGGGCCAGUUACCUUUCUAUUUCUAUCAUAGGCUUCUGCUGACUGACUGUCCUAGUAAAUAUUCUUGAAUGUAUUAAAUUGUUAAAACACA